GUCAACAUCAGUGUUUACAAUAACAGCUUUAUAGGAUCGAUUCCUUCUCAAUUGAACAACCUUACAAAUCUGGACUUCUUCCAAAUAGGCCACAAUUUCUUGUCUGGAUAUCUUCCAGAAAAUAUUUGUCUUGGUGGAAGGCUUAGAUGGCUUGGAGCAAAUGGCAAUUGCUUCACAGGUUCCAUUCCAAAACGCUUGAGAAACUGCAGUUCAUUAAUGAUUGUUUUACUUGAUGAUAAUCAACUAGUUGGAAAUAUAUCUGAAGUAUUGGGAUUAUACCCAAACUUGUAUAUCAUGGGAUUAAGCAAGAAUAAGUUUUUCGGUAAACUCCCUGGAAAUUGGGGAGAAUAUCCAAAGCUCAAUGUUGUCAACCUCUCUAACAAUAAAAUUAUUGGUGGGCUACCACAUGAACUUGGGAAAGCUACUCAAUUGCAUCAAGUUGACCUUUCCUCCAAUCUUCUAGUAGGGAAAAUUCCUAAGGAAUUGGGACAAUUGAAAUCGUUGUUCAUUCUUAAGCUCAGCAAUAAUUCCCUUUCGAGCACUGUUCCCGAAGAAAUUGGAAUGUUAGCUGACCUUCAAAUGCUUAACCUUGCUUCCAACAAAUUGAGUGGACCAAUUCCCGGACAUUUGGAACAGUGUUCAAAACUAAUCCAUUUGGACUUGAGCUAUAACAUAUUCAGUGGAAAUAUUCCCUUCCAAAUUGAAAUUUGCACUUCCUUGAAAAUCUUGAUCUGAGUGGCAAUAUGCUUUCAGGAGAGUUGCCUUUAAAGUGGACAUUUGGAUAAGCUAGAAACAUUUAACGUUUCUCACAACAAGCUGUCGGGAUCAAUACCAUCCACAUUCCAGGACAUGAUAAGCUUGACAUCUGUGGAUAUAUCCUACAAUCUGUUGGAAGGUCCUCUCCCAAACGUCAAAGCCUUCAAUGAGGCUCCAGUUAAAGCAUUGCAACAUAAUAAAGGUUUGUGCGGCAGCAACACUAGUUUGAAGCCUUGCCCCGUGCAUAAGAGGAAUAACAGUGGAGCUACAAUAUUUUUAGUCAUAGUGUGUAUAUCUUGCACUCUAUUUCUAUUAGUUAUCGUUUGUGGAAUAUUGUUUAUUUCUCAAAAAAAGAGAAAGGAAUAUAGAUGAGCAACCACAAGCACAAAUGACUGAAACUUUCUUUCAAGCAUGCAGCCAUAAUGGGAGAAAAGUACAUGAAGAAAUAGUUGAAGCCACAGAGAAUUUUAGCUCUGAAUAUUGCAUUGGAGUUGGAAGAUUUGGAAGUGUCUAUAAAGCAUUGCUGUCAACAGGUCAAGUUGUUGCCGUGAAGAAAUUCCAUGAGAAUGGAGGAGUGGCUGGUAAGGAAGCAUUCAAUAGUGAGACUAAUGUGUUGACAGGAGCACGCCACCGAAAUAUCAUUAAGCUUUAUGGAUUUUGUUCACAUGCAAGACACUCAUAUUUGGUGUAUGAAUUCAUGGAUAGGGGGAGCUUAGCCAGUAUAUUAAGUGAUAAUGUUAAGGCAUUGGAGUUGAAGUGGACCAAGAGGUUAACUGUUGUGAAAGAUUUGGCCAAUGCCUUGUCCUAUAUGCACUAUGAAUGUUGUCCUGCUAUAAUUCAUAGAGACAUAUCAAGUAAGAAUGUUCUCUUUCAUGAUGAAUAUGAAGCCCACAUUUCUGACUUUGGUUCUGCUGUAACUUUAGAUCCGGAGUCGUCAAAUUGGACUCCAUUUGAAGGAACCUUUGGAUACUCAGCCCCAGAGCUUGCUUACACAAUGGAAGUAAAUGAAAAGUGAGACGUGUACAGCUUUGGAGUUGUAACACUGGAACUGAUCAUGGGAAAACAUCCAGGAGAUCUCAUAUUGUCUUUGUCAGCAUCAACAUCCUCAUCAUCAACACCAGCUGUUCAUCAAAUUCUGCUCAAGGAUUUAUUGGAUGAGCGCCUCUCACCUCCAACAGGGCAAGUGGCUGAGAAAGUUGUCUCCAUUGUGAACAUAGCAUUUGCAUGUCUACAACCAAGUCCACAGUCUCGGCCAACUAUGAAGCAAGUAGCUGAUAAGCUAUCAACUCCGCUACCAUCUUUAUCAGAGCCUCUUCAUGUUAUAACAUUGAAGCAGCUGCUUGAUCCCCCAACUUGGACGU